CCAAGUAGUACAAGGUACAGGAAGGUGCUAGCUAAGGUAGCUAGCAGGCGGUUUAAAAUAAAAUAGGUUGUAAUCAGGAAAUUAUUAAUAUGUACCCUCUCAGAGCAGUAGGCAAUUUAAGAUGUUAAAGAAGACAGGCACGUAGCCGAAGACAAACAUUUUAUAUCCAGGUGCAUUCCUGCUCAGACCCUGUUCAGCUUGCGUGCCCCCACCGCUCUAUGCUCUCAUACUAGAGACAGAGAGCCUCUGCACUCACCUGACAUGAAGAUGGCGGACACAGAGAAGACAGAGGAAUUUGUGGACUCCGAGACCCCGUCCGAACAGCCCACAGAGGGGUCAGCGGCGGCAGAAGCAGCCACCGUAGUUGGGGCAGGGCAGGACGAGCCCCUGAAGCCAGAAACGACUUCCCCUUCUGAAAAGGAGGGCGACAGCCCCCUGCAGACGGAGCCCGGCCUGCUCUCCAUGCCCUGCCUGCUGAUGGAGCUGCGGAGAGACUCCCCGGAGUCCCAGCAGGCCUCCACGGAGAGCGAGAAGCAGCCUUCCUCCGGACGUGCCUACGAGAGCGACUCCUCCAACCCCUGCAUGCUCUCCCCGUCCUCCAGCGGCCACCUGGCCGACUCGGACACCCUCUCCUCCGGGGACGAGGGGGACGCCGCCGCGCGGACGGGGGCCGCCGAGGAGGGCGACCCCGGCCUGGCGGCCGGGGGCCAGGCGGUGACGGGCGGCAGGAAGUCCAGGCGGUUGCGGUCGGAGAGCGAGAUGUCCACCGCCAUGGCGGCCAAGAAGAACCGCUGCCAGCCCAGCGGGGCGGAGAAGCAGCCCAACGGCCGGCUGGCCAAGGUGAAAGGUCACCGGAGCCAGAAGCACAAGGAGCGCAUGCGGCUGCUGCGGCAGAAGAGGGAGGCAGCGGCCAGGAAGAAGUACAACCUGCUGCAGGACAGCAGUACGAGCGACAGCGACCUUACCUGCGACUCCAGCACCAGCUCCUCAGAAGACGACGACGAGGUGUCGGGGAGCAGCAAGACAAUCACCACUGACAUCCCAGCUGGCUUCAGUCGUGCCGAGGGGUCUUCAGGAGUGACCAGUCAAAUUCAGGGCCUGCUGGACAGCGGCGCGGCCUGGGACCGGAACAGCAUCGGGAACGUUCUGGAAGAGGCCAUGACGCGCUUCGCCGUGAUGCAGCGCCAGACCGAGGAGCGCUUCCGCGUGUGGAUGGAGAAGCUCACGCGGCUGGACUCGGACGAAGACUCGUCCAAGAACUCCAGCGACCCCAGAGAGCCCAAAAAACACUCGGGCCACCACAGGGCUCCUCGCCCCUCCCCGCCCAGCUCGUUCUUGCCGUCCUCCGAGUCGCAGGAAACCUUGGCGUCGUACGGAAUAGGCAGGCAGAGUGUCGCCGUGGCCACACUCCCCCUUAACAACAACCCGCCAGAAAUUAUUUCCCAAAAUGGAAAUCCCUCUGCUGAAGACCCUAAUCUUUUGAAAAUUUAAGAAUGGUCUCUACCUGACUGAAGGGUAGAUACAAUCCAUAUACAUAUACACACUAUCUGUAUAUUUGUGUCACUAUUUCCAGCAAAUGCCCAGUACAUUCUCCCAGAAUUCUCAGUUGCUUUGGCAUUUUAUGUUUCUGUCACUUUGCAGCGUACAGAUUUUGAAUGGAUGAUGGAACAAACCUCGUUCCCCCUUAUUUUUUUAGCAGGCCUCCAGAAUGUGGCGCAAAUGUAUACCAUGCUGAGGAAUUUCUGUCUGUCUUCUGUCAAAGUGGUUGGUGGUUGUUGAAAUGUUGAGUUUAUUGUGGCCUUUUAGUCAAAUGGAAAAUCUGACAACUACUGUCAUUCACACUACUGUUACUGUAAGACUGGUCAGUAUAGUAUGGUAUCCUGAGAGGACAGGCAUGUUUUGAUGUCUUGUACCAAAAAAAGUCAA